AUGUCCCACAGCGACGAUGAGGAUUAUUUUCUUCCGCUGGAAGACCAGCGCAUCUUCGGCGCGGGAAUCCGUCGCAAGCGCGUGCAGUUCGUCCGCUCCUCAGAACAUGAACUAAACACCACCACCACCUCAACAACCACAACCACCACCACACCCCAAUCCACAUCCUCCGGCUUAAGUCCAGCCGAUAAAUACCUUUCAAUCGUCCUACCGAAAGAAAAAUCACCCGGCCAAACAUCAGAACCCGCCGCGCGCAACGAAACAGCUUCCGCGCCGCCCUCGCCCUCCGCCGUACCCGCUCCGGUUCAACGAUGUGAGGUGUGCAAUCUUCCGCUUUACGGGGAAAUAGCAGGUACAGAUGAGAAAGGCCUUGCUCGGCCACACGAAGCAUCGCUCGCGCAUCAGCUGUGUCUAUCUCACUCGCAUCCACCGUCCCAUCUCGACCGCACCCGUCACGGACUCCGGUAUUUGUCCGCUUAUGGUUGGGAUCCGGAUAGCAGACUGGGUCUAGGGGCUCCGGGGCGUGAGGGAAUUAGGGAGCCCCUUAAGGGAAGACUGAAAGUUGAUACUGUGGGGCUGGGGGCUAAGGUCGAGCCGAGUGCGAAGGGGAAGAAAAGGGUAGUUGCUGCUACUGCUCCUCCGGCCAAGGUGCAGAGGUUGAAUGCGAAGCAGGUGCGAAAGGGGCAUUUUGACGCAAAGAGGAGAGGCGAGAAGUUGCGGGAGAUGUUCUAUCAGAAUGAUGAUGUGCAACGGUACCUGAGUGGGGGUGCAUAG